UCUUGAGUUUGAGAGGAUAUCCAUACGUUCUUACCGUGGCAUUUAAAAUGUUUCUCCUUCCUAAAAACUAAUUUCCCUCUUUCCAUCUUGUUAGAAUAUUUGAAGAUUCAAAAGAAACCCUAGAAACCUGAAUCGAACCAUCCAUCUCGAAGAGUUAGAUCUACUGAUCUCGGAGGAGCGAAUCAUCCAUCACCCUCCACGGGCACGUUCUGGCUGAAAAUCUAGUCAUCAAUUCUGGUUUUGAUGAAAGGAGCUUGGACAAAUAGGAGCUUUGCAACCAUACAUAGGUGUGUAGAAUGGGGGAGAGGAUUAUUAUGGAUUUUUGGGUAUUUUGAAAACUGGAAGUUCUUGCUCAAAUUCAGAAAUCUUCUAGAUCUCUGUGGAAAUCAGGGAAAGAAUGAGGAGAUCAAAUUUUUAUAUUGAUUUUAUAAUUGCUUUGGUGCACCUUGGAGCAAUGACCAAUGGAGCUUGCGGAGCACCACGUCGAGGAUUGCUCUCUUGGAAUUGUGCUUGCUGAAUUCUAUUUCUGUUUAAGGAAAUGGCUAGCUCUUCCCGCACAAUAUAUGUUGGCAACCUGCCGUUAGAUGUUAAAGAUUGGGAAAUUGAAGAUCUCUUCUACAAGUAUGGCCGAAUUCUGGAUAUCGAGUUGAAGCUUCCACCUCGUCCUCCUGGUUAUUGCUUUGUGGAGUUUGACGAUGCUUGGGCGGCAGAAGAUGCAAUUAGGGGUCGAGAUGGCUAUAAUUUUGAUGGUUCUCGCUUAAGGGUUGAACUUGGUCAUGGUGGUCGCAGGCAAUCAUCUUCAAUUGAUCGACGGGGUGCUUAUGGUGGUGGGGGAGGAGGACGAUUUGGUGUUUCUCGUCGUUCGGAAUAUCGAGUUGUUGUUCGUGGACUGCCUUCCUCAGCAUCAUGGCAAGAUUUGAAGGAUCACAUGCGGAAGGCUGGAGAAGUGUGUUUUGCUCAAGUUUUUCGCGAUGGUGAAGGAGCCAUGGGUAUUGUUGACUACACUAACUAUGAGGACAUGAAAUAUGCUAUCCAAAGACUGGAUGGUACUGAAUUUCGAAAUCCCUGGACAAAGUCUUAUAUUCAGGUGAAGUGUUAUGAAGGAAGUCCAUAUAAGAGCCUGAGCCAUAGUAGAAGUCGGAGCAGAAGCAGAAGUCCUAGGAGGAGUUUGAGCAAAUCUGUGAGACGAUCCAUAUCUGUGUCAAAAUCUAGAUCUCCACCAAGAUCCAAAUCUGCAUCCCCUGGUAGACUGUCCAGAUCAAGGUCGAGGUCCAGCUUGCCAUGCUAGGUAGCGCCUGAUUUCUGGAAGUCCCAUUGGUAGCUAGUUUUGCAGACGAUGCUGUUUCGGAAGUCAUGCCUAUUAGUCGAAUUGCAUUGCAUUUUGAUAUGUUAAACUUAAGUCCUCAAUGCUAUGUGCAUGGUUUGGGUAUCUUGCGGACCAAGUAUUGUUAAAUUACAGGCGUUAGUAGGGUACAUACUAACCGUGCAGAUAUACGUUGGCACUGAAUUUAUAAUUCAGUUGACCUACCCAACUGUAAUAUAGUUUGAUGACUUAAUUUCUAGUGGACCUCUUUAUUCA